CUUUGUGCUUCUUAUUUCAUUCCCUCCCAUUAUGGCAUCAGGUAGACUUCAGCAAAAAUUUCAUCUACAAACAUCAAACAUGAAAGGAAUCUGUGAAAUGACAAAUGAUAUUAAAAGCUUCAGCCUUAAUGACUGCUCCAAAGGAAAUCAAGGGUACUACCGAGUUCUCCUCCAGCUCUUUGGUUUUUUAGGACACGGCAAAUCCUCCUUCAUCAACACCUGCAAGUACGUCUUGGAAGACCAGGAAUACAACAUGUAUGCAGAUGUCUCGAACACAUUUGGUGGGAACACAACAGCCAGAAUAACAUAUACGCUGACAAAAACACUAAUGCUGGUGGAUAACCGUGGCUGCUCCAAGUUGGAUGAUUAUGAAACAGGAGAGAUUUUUGCUCAGCUGGCAAAUUUGUUACCCGUGGAUAAAGAAGUGGAGUGGAGCAGAGGGUUUGAGCUCACUGAGAGAAUUAUAAAGGCUGAGAAACUGGUGAAAUCAUCAGACUUCAUCUUCCCAAUCUUUGUGUUCAGUGUGAAGAAAGGACUGCAACCACAGGAGGUGCCAGGGAUCCAGCAGUUGCUUGAAUUUGCUAGAGAUGUAACAGAAAUAUUUCCUGUUGUUGUCCUCACCCAUAAGACUCAUGGGGAUGUGAAUGAUAUGGAGAGAGCAUUUAAAAACAUGGGAGUGGAGUGGCUGAUUUCACUUGAAAAUUUCACACCUGAAGACCACAUAAGGACAAAAGGAAGACACGAGGGAGUCCUAAAGUUCUUCUGCGAAGUGAUUAAAGAUGUUCAGUUUCGCCUGGAGCGAAUGGGGGACCCGGAUGAACAAAGGGAGCAACGGAAGCUAAAGGUGCUCAGAUUCAUAUCUGACAGAGAAGUGAGAAAUAAACUGAAGGAGGUCGCAAUAGAAAUGCGAAAGAAAGAACAGGAGAUAGAAUUGAGAAGGGAAGAGGAGUUGAGAAAACGGCUGAUGCAAAUAAUCAGUUCAAGCCCUCCUAGAUCAUCUUCUCUUUCCUGCAUUGUAUUGUAAACAUUUUGAAAGGGCAUACAGCAAAAAAAAUUACAUAUAAGAGUUGGUGUGAUUGUUUAUAAAAAUUCUAUGUCAAAGUUACGCCUGCAUUUAUGCCAAAAUGUUAUACUACACUGGGCUUGAAGGGGAAUUAAUUUUUUUUUAAGAAUUUUGCUUUUUUAGCACAAAUAUGAUGACAUGUUUUGCUCAUUAAUUCCAAUUAAAAAAUGUGCUAUAAUAUUGUUCACAGGUUUGCAAAAUCUACAGUAUGUUAAAUUCACAAAAAAGUAAAAAAUAUUAAAUGAGACUUUUGUAGGCAAUUAUGAAAAAUA